AUGACGGAGGAGCAUGCACAGUUCGAUAUUAAUUUCGACGUACGUGACACGUGCUCCUGGAUCAAAGAACACAAGAUGAAGCGAAUUGCUCUUCAGAUUCCAGACGAAUAUUUGAAACAUUCGCAAAAGCUUGUCAGCAGCUUGAGAUCCACUGCUCAAGAGAAGGACAUCGAAUUCUACAUCCUUGCAGACAGCUCCGUUAGCUCUUGGGAUCCUGAUGUCGUUGCUGCUCAGCAUGUGCGGGCCGAUUGUAUCGUCAUGUAUGGAAGGGCCUCUGUGACCCGCUCAGAUGUGAUGCCCAUCCGCAAUGUUUUUGGAUUCGUGCAGGUCGAUCCAAACAGAAUUUUUGACGUGCUGAAAACAAGGAUUGAACCCUGCGCGUCAACAAUUGUUCUGUUGUCUGCUCAAUUUAAAUCAUAUUUUGCUUCUGACAAAUCGAGAGCCCAAAAUUCUGAAAACACAGAAGCAGAAAAGUUCACCAUUAUCUACGUGGGAAAAGAAGGGCCAGAGCUUACUCGGUUGAUCCUUGAAUAUAAUCAGUAUUGCUUCAUGCUCUUGCAACACAAUGAUGAUUUUGAUCAAUUCAGCUUCAAAACGGAACUUGGGGAUAGCUCGCGACUGAUCAAACGGAGAUAUUUCUUGAUGAUGAAGACCAAGGACUCAGAACGAAUUGGAAUUGUCGUCGCAACUACAGCAAUGGAGGGAUAUAGGGACAUUGUUGAAAGAAUGAAAAAGAUCAUCACUAUGUCAGGAAAAAUUGUUCAUACUCUUUACGUGGGCAAAAUCAAUCCAGCAAAGCUUGCAAAUUUUGCUGAAAUCGAUUCUUUCGUGCUGGUCGCAAGCCCAGAAAACACGGUUUCGAUUGAUGCAGCGGAUUAUCUCAAACCGCUCAUAACGCCAAUGGAGCUUGAAAUCGCCCUGGUGCGAGGAAGAGAAUGGACGGGCGACUACAACCUUGACUUCCGCCCGUUGCUGAAAACCCCUCUCCCUGAGGUGAGCAGCGAUAACUCAGACGACGAAGACAAUAUCUGCCAUUCCCUCACCAGUGGCGCCAUCAUUCGAAGACCCAACGUGGGUGACGGUACGCUCACAGUUACCAACAGCAAAGCAUAUGAGCAUCGAACUUUCCGAGGUCUUGAUCUCAAGGAGGGGCUCGAUCGCCCGCUCGAUGUUGUCAAGGGCCGAGUCGGGAUAGCAAGCGGAUAUGCUCAUGAGCCAGCAGCAGUUGAGCGCUUGAGCCAAGCUACGCAGGCUGAAGUGAUUACUGGAAGCCUUCCUGCACACGUCCAGAAAUCAGCAGGAGAUUCCAACUAUGGCAUCUCGAAGGAGAGCUGCAAAAUAGAGAGCGGAGGAAACUCCAAGAUUGAGUCGACAACCCCAAAGGCAGAAGCAGCUUCUGUCAGUAGCGCGGGAAAGGGCCAGGGCCAGGGCCAGGGUGAAGGUGAGGAUGAGGAUGAGGCCCAUGAUUCGGAGGGCGACUUACAACAUGUCUCUGAUGAAGUAGAUUCUUUCUUUGACGCCUUUGUGUAA